ACGCCCUCGUCGAUAUAAAAGAGCCCCAGCCCCCAGCAUCGGUUUCCUUCCUCCAAAACCUCCCCACCUUCUCGCUCCCCAUUGACCAAACGGCGGCGCUCACCUCCUCCCCCUCGGUCUCCCCAAUCGUCCUGCUGGCUUCCCUCCGUCCUCCUCGUUUUUGAUCUUAAUCACUCAUGUCUCUUGAAGUCAGCGAGGGAUCUCCUUAUUUCCUCUCGUGCUACUUCUGGUUCAUAUAUUGCAUAAAAUUCCGAGAUUUCACUUGAUACAAGUGGAUCAUCUUGAGUUUUGUGCAAAUACUUCCUAUCAUGUGAAUCAGUGGUAGUCGGUGUAAUUGGCAAGACUCAGCUUUCUCUCAUCUGUGUUCAGAACAUUUGUUGGUUGAGUCCUUGGCGUGCUGCUUUCCUUGAGUCUUGCCAAGUGUCGUUUCUCAUCAAUUGUGUUCCCCGCACUUGCUUUCAUUGGGCCAAAUAUCUCUUUUGGUCUACUCCCAUCCAAAUCUUCUGAUCCUCUCUUCAGAAUAGUUGUCAUAACGUGAGCUGUCCUACUCUGAGCUCACACUGCAAUCUUCUGAAGCCUUCCUGAAUUCUUCUGUUCUCAAAGCAUUUGAGAGCUGCUCUCUCCUUCCUUUGUUGCGUUGAUUUGUGGCCCUGAGUUCUCAUAUCAGGACUGACCAACAUCCCCUUUCUGGUCGAACUUGAUAUUUCCCUGAUUACUGGUAUAGAUAUUGUCUAAUCUGGUGAAACAUUUCUGCUUGUGUUUCACGUUAAGAUCUCUCUGUUCUCUUGUUGGCACUGAGUGCAAGGCACACACUACGGUGAUGGCUCAAACUUGCCUGCCACCUGGCUUUCGUUUCCAUCCAACAGAUGUCGAGCUCGUUUCAUACUACCUAAAAAGGAAGAUUAUGGGGAAGAAACUUUGUGUUCAUGCUAUAUCAGAACUUGAGCUGUACAAAUUUGCUCCCUGGGACCUUCCUGAAAAAUCCUGUCUUCGAAGCAAAGAUCUUGAGUGGUUCUUUUUUUGCCCUCGUGACAAAAAAUAUCCUAAAGGGUCUAGGACAAACCGUGCCACACCCAAUGGUUACUGGAAAACAAGUGGAAAAGAUAGAACAAUUGAGCUGAACUCUCGAACUGUUGGGUUGAAAAAAACUUUGAUAUUUCAUGAAGGCAAGGCUCCUAAAGGCAACAGGACUGACUGGGUGAUGUAUGAAUAUAGAAUGGAGGAUGACAAUUUGGUUUCUGCUGGUUUCUCAAAGGAUGAGUAUGUUCUCUGCAAAAUAUUUAAGAAAAGUGGUCUUGGCCCAAGGAUAGGGGAGCAAUACGGUGCUCCAUUCGAUGAAGAUGAUUGGGAGAAUUUGAGUUUUGAAACUUCUGCGUUUGGUUUAGUGUCCUCAGAAAUAGAAGACCCCCAGGCCGAGACCUCCGUGAUUGCUACUGCCACAGUAACUCAGGAACCUCCUCACCAGCUUGUUCGAUUUUCUGGAGAUGUAAACAUCUGUACGAAUGAAGUCAAUACUGCUUCAGUGUCCUUGUCUGAUUUAGAAGGCCCACAUGUUGAGGCGUCUGUGUUGGCUACCGCUGCAGUUUUUGAGGAACAACCUAUUCAUUCUCAGCAGUCUGCUCAAUGUUCUGAACAUGUUGACACCAGUUCUAGUGAGUUCAAUAAUGCACCUCCAGAAGAUGGAAUUUUUUGGGACGAACUGUCAAAGUUUUUGGAUAAUUCUCCUCAUCGUGACAUUCCUUUUGGAGAGGAAUCUGGUCUCCCUCCAAUGUCUGAACUUGAGGCUCAAGCUUUUGAGAUAAACACUGCUGAUCUCUACAACGAAUUGGCAGGACUUGCUGGGUCAGGUGGAUUGCCAAUUGUGGAUUUUGGCGCUAUCGAUGUUGGUUUUUCUUUAAACAAUUUCCAGCACACAUCCUCUGAACAAGCUGUUGGUGAUGAUUAUUUAGAGCUGGACGAUCUCCUUGCUCGUGACGCAACCCUCUCCUAUGAGUUGCCAACACCAAACAAUGAAUUUUUGCAGUAUCCCUUGAAUCAGUCGUCUUACGGCGGACACUAUCAUGAUGGUGCUACUUUAUCUUCUGCCUUUGCUGCAAGUGGGUCAAUUCCACCAAUGCCCUGCUUUUUUGGGGAUGUGCCUGCUGUUCCAAAUAACCUUGUGAAUCCCAACUAUUCUGACUCAAGUCACUCAACCUUGAAGGAUUCGUUCUUUUAGAGAGUUGGCCCUACCCAUAGAUCACAGCACUCAUCAUGGCUUGGAGAAGGCAGACCUGUUUUGGCCCUCGCAAGCACAACACUGGACUCGCUUGCACAGGCGAGCUGUUUCCUACCAGUCUUGGAAGUUCUCUGGAUGUUAGAACUAAAAUCCAUCAGUGUUUUGUUCCUGUAAUGACUGCCAAGCUUAGUUUAAUAUUACUUGUCAUCUUGGUAGCUCCAUUUGUGUGUACUUUCUUCCCGUCUUAUUUACUGUAUCAGAAUCGUUAUAUUAUGAUGAUGUAUGGCUCUGCCUUAUUUCAAUUACUUGAUGCUUUUCCCUACAUAA